AUGGCCGACGCCCCGUCACAGCUGCCGGCAGGCAACUCGCUUCCUUCUGGCGCCGGAUUCCAGAAUGCAGAGAGACAGAACAAUGGAGAAACACCGCAAGACAGGCCAGCUGUCAUGCAGGAGAACACUCCUCUAGAAUCAAACUCCACCCCUAAACUCGGUGCCAGUUUUCCUCCUCCGCCGGCUACAGCUUCAACCGCCUCCCGUGGCGUCACUCCGUCUGUGGACAACGAGACAGCAGCCAAUAAACACCACGAUAACCGGGACAUCAUCAUGAGCGGUGGCUACGAAACAAGAGGUACUUAUCGGGGGAAUGGCGCGACUGGUACUGCCGGGGUUGUCAAUGUUACCCCUCAACCCCAGGCUACGGGUGCGCCUGCACGAAUAUAUAUGAACGAAAAGAUUGUACCAUAUCUUCUGGAAGGGAUGAAGAUGGUGGCCAAGGAUCAGUGA